AUCAGGCGGCGCCAUUUCAGCGCUGUGAUUCAACUGGAGAAAGGAUAAAGUGUCCAAACACAGAGAAAAACUCCUGCUGAAGCGACUGAUCUCCACACUGUUAUAAAGAUGGCGUUUAUUAAAGAGGAGAGUGAAGAUGUGAAGAUUGAAGAAACAUUCAGAGUCAAACAGGAAGAUCUGCAGGAACAAACAGACCUAAUUGAAGAGAAUGAGGGAAGUAAAGAGGAGGAACAUCAUGUCAAAAUUGAGGAAAAAACUAAUUUACAGACUGAUGGUGUUUUGAAAAGGAGAGACAAGAAUCGUUUCACCUGCACUCAGUGUGGAAAGACAUUGGCAAGCAAAAGCAAACUUAAGAUUCACAUGAUGAUCCACACUGGAGAGAAACCAUUUACAUGCAUUCUAUGUGGGAAGAGUUUCAGCCAAUCAUCAUCCCUUAAUCUACACCUGAUGAACCACACUGGAGAGAAACCAUUCACAUGCACUCAGUGUGGGAAGAGUUUCAGCCAAUCAUCACACCUUAAUCAACACAUGAUGAUCCACACUGGAGAGAAACCAUUUAUAUGCACUCAGUGUGGGAAGAGUUUCAGCUGCUCAUCACACCUUAAACAACACAUGAGGAUCCACACUGGAGAGAAACCAUUCACAUGCAAUCAGUGUGGGAUAAGUUUUAACUGCUCAUCACACCUUAAUAAACACAUGAGGAUCCACACUGGAGAGAAACCAUUUACGUGCACUCAGUGUGGGAUGAGUUUCAGCCAAUCAUCAUCCCUUAAUCAACACAUGAGGAUCCACACUGGAGAGAAACCAUUUACAUGCUCUCAAUGUGGGAAAAGUUUCAGCCAAUCAUCAUCUCUUAAUCAGCACAUGAGGAUCCACACUGGAGAGAAACCAUUCAAUUGCACUUAAGCCGCGGUCACACUGGAAUUCUCUUCCCAUAGACUUCCAUUCAUACGCAUGCGAAUGCCUCAGACCUAAAACGCAAGUCCGUGUGUCAAGUUUUGCAGUUCACUGCAUUGCAAAGUUCAAGCUUGGUGAACUCUGACCUGUGAAAUCACAUCACUUGACUGUGUAAGACCAAUCGUAGAUCAAAACAUGACCUCUCUGGACAGAAAUUUAAAAUAUCGACCAAUCGCUCACUUUUUUUUAAUGUCUAAUCAUCUUGUUUAAUCCCGCCCCUUUUCUAGGGCUGCUCGAUUAUGGGUAAAAUCAAAAGCAUGAUCAUUUUGGUCAUAAUUUUAUAUCACGAUUAUUCAAAACAAUUAUCAGUUAAGUCAAAAUUAUUCGCCCUUCUGUGAAUUUUUUUUUUUGUAUAUAUAAAUAUUUCUCAAAUUAUGUUUAACAGAGGAAUUUUUCACAAUAUUUCCUAUAAUAUUUUUUCUUCUGGAGAAAGACUUAUUUGUUUUAUUUCGGCUAGAAUGAAAGAAGGUUUAAGUAUUUUGAAACCUAUUUUAAUAGCUUAGUAUUUCUAGCUCCCUUAAGCAAUAUAUAUUUUGAUUGUCUGAGAAGAAACUACUGUUAUACAAUGACUUGCCUAAUUACACUAAUUAAGCCUUUGAAUGUCACUUUAAGCUGAAUACUAGUAUCUUGAAAAAAUCUAGUAAAAUAUAAUGUGCUGUCACAGCAAAGAUAAAAGAAAUCAGUUAUUAGA